AUGGCAGACCCUAACCAACCAAACCCUCCUCCCCAGUUGGGGCCUGUGCCAUUUUUAAUGAGCAACAAGCUGGAAACGGCAAUGUGGCUAUCACGUCUUUUCACAGUCUACUGCUCCGUCAUGUUUAUUCUACCUAUCUUGGGACCUCACGCAGCUGCUAACUUCUAUCAGAGAGCCUUGUUAGCCAAUGCACUUACCAGUGCGCUUCGCCUACACCAGAGGCUUCCACGCUUUCAGCUGAGCAGAGCGUUCCUGGCCCAGGCUCUGCAGGAAGACAGCUGUCACUACCUGCUCUACUCCCUGAUCCUGGUCAACUCCUACCCCAUCACAAUGAGCAUCUUCCCAGUUUUCCUGUUUUCCUUGCUUCAUGCGACUACAUACACAAAGAAAGUUCUGGAUUCCAUGGGCCCCAACAGCCUGAUGUUUGUAAGGAACCUCCUGGACCGAAUAACGACCAAUCAGCAGAACAUCCUGAAGUUUAUCGCUUGUAAUGAGAUAUUUUUAAUGCCAGCGACUGUUUUCAUGCUCUUCAGUGGCCAGGGAAGCUUGUUGCUGCCGUUUAUUUACUACAGAUUCCUUGCACUCCGCUACACAUCCAGAAGAAACCCAUACUGCCGCACCUUGUUCUACGAGUUAAGAAUUCUUCUGGAGCACUUCAUCAUGAAGCCUGCCUGUCCUGUGUUUUUGAGGAGAAUGUGCCUCAGCAGUAUCGCCUUCAUCAGCCGCCUCGCCCCCACAGGGGUCUGAUUGCUCCGUGUAGAAGUGAUUUUCUUUCCGGUUUUAUUUUUUUAAGCCAAUUAAGAUGUGACUUAAGACUAUGAUGAGGACUUUGCCAUUAAUGGAAGAAAAUUUGAAUGUCAACUUCACAGUAUGAGCUUCAUGUUUUCUGUAUAUUUUGAAGAGAAACUGGUAAAGCACUGAAUACUCAUACUCUUUUUAUUUUUAUUUUUUACUGUGACCCGCUGCAAACAGUGGGCAUCCGUUCAUUUCUCAUGUUGCUUAAAUAGAGCACUG